UAAUUUGCCCAAAAUUCUACCAUGUGCAUGAAUGAGAAUGAAAAAUACACAUAGCCCUGAAGUGUGUGUGAACAAUGAAGGCGACCAGGUCCGAUUUUCCAAUCCUCCCCCAAGAGCUCAUCGCCGAGAUACUCUGUCGAUUACCAGUCAAGUCUCUUUCCCGAUUCAAAUCCGUAUCUCAUUCAUGGUGCUCCCUAAUCUCCAAUCCCCAUUUCGCGCAAACCCACUUCACUCAAACCACCAACAAAAUGCCCGAUCGACUCAUUCUCAUCUCCGACUCUCACAUUCUCUUCUCCGUCGACUACUCCGUCGACUCUCCAGUCGCUACAGAGAUCCAUUUCCCAUCAGUUGAAGAUGAAUCGUACGAUGUGUGGGCCGAGAUUCUGGGUUCUUGCAAUGGCUUGGUUUUAGCUCUCAAUGAAUCAGAUGUUGCCAUGUAUUUGCUAAACCCAUCUACUCGAGAAUCUAAGAAGAUACCCGAAUCUCCUUUUGCCCUCAAUUCAGUCAAUGCGUGUAAUCUGUGUGGAUUAGGGUAUGAUUCGAUGAGUGACGAUUUCAAAAUUGUGAUGCUUUCUUACUAUGGUGGCGGUGUUGAUGAGGAAUCUGGAGCUACUACUGAAACCAACACCAUUGUAAGUGUGUAUUCAUUGAAAUCUUAUUCUUGGAGGAAGAUUCAAGGUUCCUCUUAUCUUCAUUGUGCUGGUGAUCCAUCUGGGGUUUAUCUAAAUGGUUGUAUUCAUUGGCUAGCUCAGAGGAGUUCGGAUUAUAUUUCUGUGAUUGUUGCUUUUGAUUUGGGGAAUGAAGUUUUUCGGGAAUUUUUGCCACCGCCUUUCGUUAAUAAUGCUGUGUUGCCGUGGUUUUAUCCAGCAGUUCUUGGAGGGUAUCUUUGUUUACCGGCUUUUACUGAUGUUUGGGUGAUGAAGGAGUACGGGAAAAAGGAGUCUUGGACUAAAUUUAGUAUUUGUAAGCGUGAAGACAUCCCUAGGAUUGACGUGGUGUGUUUAUUGGAAGAUGGUGAGUUUUUGUUGUCAAGGGAUGAAGAGCAAUUGGUUGUAUACAAUUCGAAAGACGAAACAUCAAGGGAUAUGGUGGUUUGUGGCAUUCCAGGUAGCUUUACAUCUGGGGGCACCUAUGUGGAGAGCCUCAUCUCUCCUGAACGCAUCCACGGGAUUGGGAGGCAAUGUGAAGCGUGUGAAAGAAUGAAAAGGAUUCUCCAAGUAAUGGUUGAAACCUAUGAAGCUGGGACUUGUCAAUCAUCCACGAACAAAGAAAGUUCAAGCUCAAGCAACAUUGAGGCUCCGACUUCAAGUUCUGGCGGAGAUCGUGCCUCCCUUUCAAUAUGCUUGCAUUUUCUCAAAUUUAUCCAAAUGGUAGAAGGGCCAUUUUAUGAGAAGGCCUUGAGGAUGUUUCAGGAUCCUUUGUGGAGGAAACUAUUCAUCAAUAUGGCUUGUGAAAAGAAGAUGUUUUAGGUAGAGAGCCUUCAGUGAGGGAUAUCUAUUGUUCUAUCAUGUUGGGUUUUUCUGUCACGCUGUUCUAGCUGUUAAUCUAGUGAACUUGGUUGAUGAUGUCACAAUUUUGUAUUGCUGAAUCCUAAAUGAUGCUUUGUUUCCCAUUUUUGUGUUGUUUUAAUUGUGCCUUGGACCCAACUGACCCAUUUGGUUCUAUCAUGUUGGGUUUUUCUGUCAUGCUGUUCUGGCGGGUUAAUCUAGUUGACUUGGUUGAUGAUGGCACGAUUUUGUAUUGUUGAAUCCUAUAUGAUCCGUUGUUUCCCA